GGGGGGCACCGCAGCGGCGGGUGGAUGAGAGUUGGCCCCGAUCUCCCCGCAGGGGAACCCUCCCGUCAUGUCCAGGUGAGGCCGAGAAGUGCCGUGCUGAACAUGCUCAGGAGGCUGGAUAGGAUCAGGUUCAGAGGCCACAAGAGAGAGGACUUCCUUGACCUAGCCGAGUCCCCAAAUGCCUCGGACACCGAGUGUGGAGACGAGAUACCUCUGAAGACACCACGGCCCUCACCCCGGGACAGUGAGGAGCUCAGGGACCCUGCUGGCGCAGGGACCCUCAUCAUGGCAGCAGGUGUCCAGGACUUUAGCAGGACAGAGUUCGAUCGGCUGAACGAGAUCAAGGGUCAUUUGGAAAUCGCCUUACUGGAAAAGCACUUUCUUCAGGAGGAGCUCCGGAAGCUUCGAGAAGAGACCAACUCAGAGAUGCUGCGGCAGGAGCUCGAUCGGGAGCGACAGCGCCGGAUCGAGCUGGAACAGAAAAUACAGGAGGUGCUGAAGGCCAGGUCAGAGGAGCAGCCGGCACAGCCUCAGCAGCCGCCGAAGGGACAGAGCCAGACCAGCAAUGGCACAGGCACAGACCGUCGCAGUCAGGGACUGUCGUCCCGUAUACAGAAGUGGUUCUAUGAGAGGUUUGGGGAGUAUGUGGAGGAUUUCCGCUUCCAGCCAGAGGAGAACACGGUGGAGACGGAGGAGCCCCUCAGUGCCCGCAGGUUAACUGAAAACAUGAGACGAUUGAAGCGUGGUGCCAAGCCGGUCACUAACUUUGUGAAGAACCUGUCUGCCUUAUCCGACUGGUACUCCAUCUACACCUCUGCCAUCGCCUUCACCGUGUACAUGAAUGCUGUAUGGCAUGGCUGGGCCAUCCCCAUGUUCCUGUUCCUAGCAAUUUUGAGGUUGUCCCUCAAUUACCUCAUCGCCAGGGGCUGGCGGAUACAAUGGAGCAUCGUGCCAGAAGUGUCUGAAGCUGUGGAACCUGCCAAGGAAGAUCUGACCGUGUCUGAGAAGUUCCAGCUGGUACUGGACGUCGCCCAGAAAGCACAGAAUCUCUUUGGCAAGAUGGCCGACAUUCUGGAAAAGAUCAAGAACUUGUUCAUGUGGGUGCAACCCGAGAUCACGCAGAAACUGUAUGUCGCUCUGUGGGCUGCCUUCCUGGCUUCUUGCUUCUUCCCCUACCGCCUGGUGGGGCUCGCUGUUGGCCUCUAUGCUGGCAUCAAGUUUUUUCUAAUUGACUUCAUCUUCAAACGCUGCCCGAGACUUCGAGCCAAGUAUGAUACACCCUACAUCAUCUGGAAGAACCUCCCCACUGACCCCCAGCUCAAGGAGCGUGCCGGUGCCACCGUGUCCCGCAGGCUACAGACAACCUCAUCACGGAGCUACGUCUCCAGUGCUCCAGCUGGUCUGAGUAAGGAUGAAGAUGCUGGCCGCUUUCACAGCACCAAGAAGGGCAAUUUCCAUGAAAUCUUUAACUUGACUGAAAACGAGCGCCCCCUAGCAGUGUGUGAGAAUGGUUGGCGUUGCUGCCUCAUAAACCGAGACCGGAAGAUGCCCACGGACUACAUCAGGAACGGGGUUCUGUAUGUGACAGAGAAUUAUCUGUGCUUCGAGAGCUCCAAGUCUGGGUCCUCCAAGAGGAACAAGGUGAUCAAGCUGGUGGACAUCACAGACAUCCAGAAGUAUAAAGUCUUGUCCGUCCUCCCUGGCUCAGGCAUGGGAAUUGCUGUCUCAACACCAUCAACCCAGAAACCCCUGGUGUUUGGUGCCAUGGUGCACAGAGACGAAGCCUUUGAGACCAUUUUCAGCCAGUACAUGAAAAUCACAUCUGCAGCAGCCUCUGGUGGUGACAGCUAGUAUUGACUCCGAGGUGUUGCUGGAACCCUCGCUAAUCAUUGGAUAGAGGAUCAGAUGGGAUGUUCUCAUGAUCUUUGGCAAUAAUUCUCCGGGACUGUGGCUGGUUACGGUGGUCUGGGUCCUGCAGACCCGAAGGGCUGGGACUCACCUGGAUGGUGCCGGGCUGGCCCGUGCUGAGCGCGUGAAGCACCUUCGUGUACACCUGUGGACACAGGUGGGCAGAGGAUCCUCUUAACCUGUUUGAAGGAUGGCACAGAAGACACUCGUCCUCAGGCCCUGCUAAGCACAGCUCCUCAUUCUCCGUCCUGGCCUGGGUACAGACCCAGCACUUGCCGUCCUGAGAGACUCCAUGAUCCCAUGACCCCUGUUCUCCAGAGGCUAGAGGCUUUUCUCCAUCAAAGCCAUAGCUGGGAGUGGUUGUGACCCCUUCUUGCCAGGAUGGUAAGACAGAGAGGAGUGGUGGGGAGGCCCCUCUCCAGUGAAGAAAUGGCCAGUCAUCUCACGUGGCCCUCAGACCCUCCUUCCAUGUUGGACCUACUAUGGGUACUGCAAGACUGUAGGUAGGGGCUCUCUGGGCUUGGUGUGUUUGGGGUACCUCCUCCUCCAUUUUUGGUGUCUGGGCCUGAGCUGUCACUCAUCUGGCCCAUCUUGGCUUGACACUCCAGCCAAGAGACCAGGCCAGUAGUUGAUGGCCAGUGAGGGUCCAGAGUGGCGUGUUGGCAAAAGCACACCUUUUUAACACUUUGCUCUUCAGUAAGGUUUUGAGGGCAUUCUCCACUCCAACUGCUGUUCAAUGAGAACCAGUAGGAGUCUGGCUGGCGUUUGGCCUCCAGGCUGCAGCCGCUCUGAGUAAUGGGGUGGGUGGUUCAGGGAGCUGCUGGGAUGUCAGGCAGAGGGAGGGCCCUGUGGCACAGAGGACAGCUGUGGGAAGAGCCUAGGGGUAGGAGGCCUGAGUUGCCCUGUACCUCUAACAUCUGACAGUAUUCCUCCCUUCCUACACGCUCUGCAAGGCCAGGCAGACCCUGCCCUACCCACGCUUCCUGCCCCAGCAAAGAUGGAGACUCCAGGGGUGGGUGAUCUCGCAGGCCUGGGCCUCUGAAGGGUGCAAUCACCAUCCCACCUUUGCAUUUUCUGGGUGGAUCACUCUGGUUCCUUCAGCUUGUCCUGAGUCCUUCAGGUGUCACUGAGAUUGUUUUUUUGAAGAAACAGAAGAUUAUAUUUUUUACAGAGAGCAAGCUGUUUUUCUUAUUUUUGUAUCAUUUUUCAAAUGUAAUUUUUACCUUUGCGCCAAUCCUCAUUUGCUGGUGUGGGUGUGAGGCCUGGUGGCUUGGGCUCAUGACACCCCAUUUCCAGGGGCUUUAGGCCACACACUGGUGUUGGGAAAGACUUGUCAGGCAGCCAGAUCAAGCACACAUACCACCCCAAAUGUUCAACAAAGGCCACAUAGCUCCAGGUACAUGGAUGGAAAAGUCUAAACGCGGAGGCAGGACCCUCCUCCACCCAGAGCUGUGGCUUGGGGCCCUGUAAUAUUCUCAUGCUCUGAAGAGCAUGGAGUGCGAUAAGUUGGGGGGGGGACCUGGUGGCACCCCAACAUGCCAGAGGGGAGAAAGCGUGGCCUAUGACUUGUCUCUGAAGAUGGCUGUAUGGCUGAUACACACGUAUGGGUGAACCACACAUGGUGGUUAAUGCUUUCUGGACCCUGGCAGUGCCCAGGUUGGUGAAUACUAUCACUAGGGUGCCACACAGAGGCCUUGAAUAGGUUUUUAGGGUGGACCAAGCGGUUUAGUUUGAGUCUCUUUCUCUUGGAAAGGGAGAUGAAGACUGACCAUGACCCAUAGUGGACAGGGCUGGGCCAGGGGCCUGUGCAGGCCCUAGGCUGUUAGAGACACUGGGGUUUGUACUGGAUUGUGUGAUCUGAGCAGGUAUUUAAUUUCUGACUAAUCACUGACCUAGAAUGUUCAAUUUUGUAUGUCUGAAGCUUGAGUCUGUUUUGGAUCUGUACAUAAUUGUUAUUGGUGUAACUUUUGUUCUACAAAAGGAUCAUAUUCUAUAAAAAACUGAUAGGAAAAAAAAUCCUCUCACUUUUUUUUUAAAAGAAAAAUCUUGUUUAGAUACAAAGUCUUGUAUAAAUUAUAAUUUUUAUUUAAUAAACCCAAAAUGCUCUAAGCUAAGGCUUGGGGGGCCUCUGUGUUUGGCAGAAUGUAUAGGUGUUGGUUGUGAGAGCAACUGAGUCCUCGUGGCUACCACUGCAGCAGGGUUCAGCACAAAAACACCUGGGAGAAUGAAGGUGUGGGGCCUUGGUAGUGGGUGCUGUUUGCUCCACUGCACUCCAUUGGUGUGAGGGAUGCUAGGAACAGAAGGUAGUCCCUGGGUCCCAGAAGACAGUCCAGAGGAGAGGUGACUGGUCUGGGUAUAUGAGGGGCGUGUCUGGACCAGGCAAUGCCUUGGGGUUGCGGUAUAAGCCUUGGCCCUGUUGAGCAAUGGUCUCUGCCAGCCUGGGGUCCUGAGCAGAAAGGUCUCUGGCAACGCUAUGACUAUUGAUUCAGAUGCUGACAUCGGACACAGAGAGAUACGAGGAAACCCGAGAAAGGCAUCCUGAUGGUGCCUGUCUCUACCCCAUCCCAAAUGGGCUUCCAGUAAGCAGGAGCUGCCAAGACCUCUUUGGAAGGGGACUGGGACCAGUGAGUACUCAGGAAUGUGGCCAUAGGAAGUUGGACAUUUUCAUGUUCUGUCCAUUCACCUACACAUCAUCCAUCUACGGACCCAUCUUUACAUCCAUCCACCCAUCCAUUCUUCCAUACACAUCUGUGUCAUCCAUCCAUCCAUCCAUCCAUCCAUCCAUCCAUCCAUUCAUCCAUCUUAUUUCUGUCACUCCAUCCAUAGCUUAUGCUGGCUUUGAUGCUGGGAUACAGCACAGUCAAAGUUCCCUGGGAACUUGGCAAAUAGAUACCCUCAGCUCUCCUGAGAACACACCCGCUGUGACUGUCCAGUCACUCCUCACUCACCCUCCCUGCACGUCUGUGGCCAUCCUUUCUGCACCCGUGGUGCAGCCUUUCAACUGUAAGGUUGAGCCCCUCAUCUGGUUUCUUUAGGCCAAAUGGAAUAGGUGAGGGUGCAUGGAUGCAGACCCACACAAGUGCCACCAUGGCUGUAUGGACGCAGGUACCCAUGCUCAACCUGGCACAGCUGCUGUGUGAGCACAGCUGGCGCAUUUCAGGCAAAUGGCAGAACUUCCUAGUUAAAUAAGUAUGCUAUGUGAAACCCAUCCCAGGAAGGGACUCCUCAGAGGCUAGAAUGGCAGCAGAGCCACCCAUGAUGGGGUGAGGGACGGCCAGAUACCUCAGGGAGAGCACGGUCACUCAGCCUUUUAGCACGGCUUCUCUAAACUAUGUUUUCUUAAAAUCAGUUUUGAAAAUAACAACUUGUGGGGGGAAAAAAAAAGGAGGGGAAAACGCUAAAUUCUGCCCAAAGUUAACUUUAUUUUUUAUGUCAUCUCAAACAUAUCAGAUCAAAUAUGCCUUGCUAAUCUUGAAGCCAGCAAGAUCAGGAAGCAUAUUGGGCCAUCCUCAUGCCAGAGCUCCUGGUUCAAGAGAUUGUAUGCGGACUGAAGCAGCCGCGGGGAAGCCUGCUACUCCCCACCCUCACUGCUUCAUUUUCAUAAACAAGAAGUUACUGCAUAUGACUGCUGCCUAAUUGUUGUGCACCAGUGGGCCACAGAGGGAAUUAGAAUAUGGACCAGAUCCCUACAGGAUCCUAAGUUGCCACUGUCUAAUCUUUACUCCUGGCUUGGUUUUUGUUUGUUUUUUUGUUUUGUUUGUUUGUUUUUCUCUCUCUCUCCUAAAAUACCUAAGGCCUGGGGUUGGGCUAUUGCAUCUAAAAAGCAUCAUGGAGACCAUAGCCUACUGCUUGGGAAUGUCAGGGGACUCCCUCCCAUCCUGUAUACAAGUGUCAAGGGUCUUAAGGUCUUAAGUGUCAAGUGCCGUAAGGGUCUUGACACUCAUGGUGCUACAUGAUAAUGCCAACGUUAGAUUCUGAACAUGGUCUGCACUGCUAAGCACCAACAAAAUAUCCUCGACCUGGAUCCCCUCCUCCAGAGCUGGCAGUGGCAGGGGUGGACCAGGGCAUGGGCAGCAUGUAACAAGGCCAAUGGAGACCUGAAUCCUUGCGAGAGAGUACAGUUCCUGAGAGCCAGGAGCACCCACAGCCGCCUCAGAUCCUGAGCCCCUCUAGAAUGCCGGGGUGGAUGGCCAGCGGGGUGACCACCCAAGUGUCUGCUCUACACUGUUCCAGGGCUACCUACCUACUUCAGAGAGCUGCUAGUCUCACACCUUUGGGUCUUGCCUAUUCAGGAAGAGACCUGGAUAGAAAUUGCUAGGUGCAUUUCCUCUCUACCCAGCUUUCCACUCGACCAUUGGUCAUUAACUAGCACCACUACACGAUUACCUUUAACAUGGUCCCUAAACAUGGUUGCCUUUACAGCUGCCCUUUUGUCUGGAUGGGACUGAAUACUAAACAUAGAAUUUCAUGUAUGGCUUCAAAGCAGAAGCCCACGCCAAAGUACCUAGAAACAGGCAGCCUGUGGAACUUUGUGGUGACUGACUAAUAGGACCUGCAUGAGAUGCAUUCUUUCCUCAGUACAGAACCUAAAACCUACUCUUGUAACAGUCAGUGCCCCUCCCCCUUCACAAUCCAAGUUUAUGCUGCAUAUUCUCAGAUGCAUCCGUUUGGAGACACAGCACAGGCCACAGUGUGUGGCUGAGAAGCUCCUGGGUCAGGAAUGCCUUCAAAGGAAACUUGUCAUGAGCCCAGGGCUUCAGCCAGAGCAGCUAGAAGUCCCCUUGUGGAGACAAAGCAAAUAGCCAAGACAUGGAUUAUAUACCCUUUAGAUAGACAAGGAGCAAUCUGUCGAUAAAUACAUGGAAUAGAACCCACAGUGAGGGAAGAAUGGAUGUGGACCCUGGAAAGACACAGGGCUUGCACCAAAGUACCUGGGGUGACCUGGGAUAACCUGCCACUCUACUAUUGACACUCAGGUU